AUGUUGUCUUCCCUUCAAUUCAAGACUUCACUCCAAUUCUCAGUAUUGUUCAUUCCAUUUCUUGUUCCGUUCUUCAUUAUUUUGCUGCAUACACCAAACUCUACUCUUGCAUCAUUAAUUACCACUUUGCCUGGAAAUGACACUGAUAGACUUGCCUUGCUUGCUAUCAAAUCUCAAAUAACCCACGACCCACUUGGUUUCUUUAGCUCAUGGAAUGAUUCUGUUCAUUUCUGCAACUGGAAAGGUGUCACUUGUGGUCAUCUCCAUCAAAGAGUGAUCACACUGAACCUGAGCAACUAUAACUUGGUGGGUUCACUCUCUCCUCACAUGGGAAAUCUUAGCUUUCUCAGAGGUAUUAACCUUCAACAGAACUACUUCCAUGGUGAAAUUCCACCAGAAGUAGGCCGUCUAUACAGGCUCAUGUACCUUAACUUCUCCAAUAACUCUUUUUCCGGAGAGAUCCCAGUCAAUCUCUCAGGUUGUUCGAGCCUUAUCAUGAUUCGUUUAGGCUUCAAUAACUUGAUUGGAAAAAUCCCGAGUCAACUUGGCUCAUUGCAGAAGCUUGAGAGAUUUCAGCUCCACUAUAACCAUCUCAGAGGACAACUCCCAGAUUCUUUAGGCAACCUUUCUUCAAUUAGAUCAUUUUCCAUGUCAGUUAACGGCUUUGAGGGAACCAUACCUGAAUCCCUAGGCCGGUUAAAGACUUUAAAUUUUCUUGGUUUUGGCCUUAACCAAUUAUCUGGUACAAUCCCUCACUCGCUUUUCAAUCUGUCAUUCAUUUCGGUCUUUACUCUACCAUUUAAUCAACUGCACGGGAACUUACCAUCAAACUUGGGCUUCACUCUUCCUAAUUUGCAAGUCUUUAAUAUUGGUCACAACCGAUUCACUGGACCGCUUCCACAAUCAUUAUCCAAUGCUUCAAAUCUCCUUGAACUUGAUAUCAACAGUAGUAAUUUCACAGGGAAAGUUAAAAUUGAUUUUGGGGGCUUACCUAGUCUGUGGUCACUGGUUCUUGCAGCCAAUCAACUUGGGAAUGGAGAAGCUGAUGACUUGAGCUUCUUGGAUUCUUUGACUAAAUGUAGAGAUUUGCGGUUACUGGAUCUAAGUGAAAACGGGUUCGGUGGCAAGUUGCCUCACUCUAUAGGCAACCUCUCAACCCAACUUGUGCAACUUAGAUUGGGUGGGAAUCAAUUAUCUGGAAGCAUCCCUAUUGAGAUUGAGAACCUUGUUAACUUGACAGAGUUAACAAUGAGCAAAAACAAUUUAUCAGGGAGCAUUCAUGUUAUUGGAAAUCUUCCGAUGCUGCGGCGAUUGGAUUUGUCUGAAAAUGCUUUUUCAGUCCACAUUCCAUCAUCAAUAGGCAACAUAACUCAGUUUAUGCUCUACACCUUGAAAAGAACCACUUAA